ACCGCCACCGCUCGCCGCCGUCCUUUGCCGUCGCGGGUUCGAGUCCCUCGCGCGCCUCCCGCGGACUGAGCACCCGCGCCAUGGCAUCCGCGCCCCCCAACCCGCCGCACGGCGUCCCCACCACCCUCCUCGUGGUCACCAAGCCCGAGCUCCUCGCGUCCGCGCCGCUCGCGCGCAUCACCUCGGGCACCGAUCCGCGCUUCCCGACCGCGCGCUUCGACGUCAGGGUGGCGACGAAGCUCGAGGACUUCCCGCGGGAGAUCACGCAAGCGCGCGAUGGGUGCCCCGUCGCGCUGCUGUGGUGGUUCGGCGACCCAAACGUCAUGGGCGGCGUGCUCCGGUCGCCGUGCGCGGAACGCGUGACGUGGAUCCACUCGGGCAGCGCGGGGGUGGAGCACAUCUUAAACACCCAGCCGGAGGUGCGCGCGCACCCGGCGCCGAUGACCAACGCGCGAGGCGCGUUCAGCGCGAGCCUCGGCGAGUGGGCCAUCUUCGCGUCGAUGUGGUUCGCCAAGAAGGUGAACGCCAUGCGCAAGUCGCAAGCCGCCGGCCGUUGGAUGAGAGACACCGUGGGGAUGCUCAAGGGAAAGACGAUGUCCAUCGUGGGGUACGGGGACAUCGGGCGGGCGUGCGCGGAGCGGGCCAAGGCGUUUGGCAUGCGCGUCGUGGCGCUGCGACGGGAUCCAAACAAGUUCGCGCCGCAGGACGAACGCGUCGUCGACGAGAUGCUCCCGCUGACGGAGCUGCGUCGCGCGAUGGAGGAGGGCGAUUUCGUCGUCCUCGCGCUGCCCCACACGCCUCAGACGGAGAAGAUGAUCAACGCGGGCGCGGUGGCAUCGAUGAAGCGAACGGGGGUGCUCAUCAACGUCGGGCGCGGUGCCGUGGUGGACGAGGACGCGCUCGUGGACGCGCUUCGGGAGGGAAGGAUCGGCGGCGCGGGCUUGGACGUCACCGCGGUGGAGCCCCUCCCAACCGGACACCCUUUUUACGCUCUCGACAACGUGCUCUUGAGCUUUCACUGCGCGGACCUCACGGACGAUUACUACGAGCUCACUAUGGAGACGUUCGUGGAGCACGCGCGCGCCUACGUCGGCGACGGCGGGCGCGGGUGGAACCUGGUCGACAAAACCGCGGGAUACUGAGUCGCCGAGUACUUACGCGAGUGUCGGUUACCGAAACUGACUAAUCAAUUGAUGAAGAUGCACCAGUUGUUGGCGUCAG